UUUUAGAAGUAUUUUAUAUGUAUACGAACGAUAUAUAUACGGAUUUGAAAAUAUAAUUUUCAAACCAAUAUUAAAUCUCUAGUGAUUCAGAUAGUUCUUAACUUGACUAUUAUUGCUAUUUCACAAUGAAAUUCAUAACAGUUGCUAUGUUUUGCUUCCUUUUUGUAGUCAAUACAGCCAUGCCGUAUAAUAAAACAGACUCUUGCGAAGAUCCCAAUGCUCACUUUGGUUGUGAUUUUCCGUGUAUACCAACGUGCACCGCUCGUCAAUUCGCACACUGCGGAACAAAGUGUGUUGAUGGCUGUUAUUGUAACGACAAUUACAUCCUAAGUAGAGAACAAGGAAAAUGUGUUCUUAUAAAAGAUUGUUUCCCUCACUAACAAAAUUAUAUUUAUAUGAUGUACUGUAAUAUAUAUUAGAAUUUAAAAUUUGUAGAUGUAUUUUUAAUAAUUCAUAGUACAAUUAUUGUUAUAAAUAUGUAUAUACUGUUACUGUACUAAGCUUGUUAAAUAUAUAGUGAGUA